AUGGGACUGGAGGAGGAGCGGUCAGAACUUCAAGCCCAGGGCUACGAGGGCUACUGGGACUACCCGGGCUGCGCCCAGGCCGCCCGAGCGCAGCUUUCGGAGGAGAAGCGUUUCUGGGGCAUUUGCGACGAUCGUCUCAAGUGCUCGGAACCGAGGUUUGCCGGGCUGCAAGAGGAGAGCAUCCGCAAUCUUGGGAUGAGAGCCGGCUGCAGCCCCUGGCAUCUUCCUCCUGCCUUCGACCCGAGCCUGGUGACCUUGUGUGCAGAGGAUGUUGUGAGAUGUACAGGGGAUUUGGGAUCGGUUUGGGAACACAAGGCUGGGAUGCAGAAGUAUGCAACAUUGGUGAGGUACUUCAGGGAGGAGUGCGAUUCCUUCUGCAUCGUGCGGGAUCCCCUGGAGAGGAUGAUCAGUCAGCUGAAGUUCGUCUACAAGUUGGAGCAGGCUGAAACGCAGCUUCUUGGUGUCCUCAAAAGCUGCUGGUGUACGAUGUUCGUGGACAAGCUUGACCUCAAGCAAGACUGCCAUGCAGUGCCACAAGUCUACUACGUGUUCCAAGAUGGCAAUCCGAAAGCAGCGCCUAUCUGUCGCCAUGUCUUGAAGCUUGGCGAUACAGAGCUUCAUCACCGCUCUUGGUGGCUGGCAGGCAUCAUUUCAGUUUUGUACAGGCUGUUUAGGAAGUUCCACGAGGUGAACCAGAGCUUCCCAGCACUGAUGGAGAGCUACGGCCUCCGAGAGGUGAAGUUGCUCUCGUCUCUUGGAGAUCCUGUUUCAGAAGGCUUUUCAUCUCGUGGUUGUGCUUUGGCCGUGGGAGGUACGUUGACGCCGACCCCGGCCACCCUCCGCAUGGUGCAAGAGUUCUACGCCCAGGACUAUGAAGCUUUCGGCUUCCAGCUCCCGAAGAGCACCAUCUCCCUCUAA